CGCUAUAAAGUUACUCACUUGAACAACUCGAGGACGAGUCACCGCAGUGGCGCUUACCUACAUUUCGCGCCUAAACAAAGUUAUCGUAUUAAAAAUUGUGAUAAAGUAAUACGCCGCGAUGAUAUCAUUAUUUGCGGACAGUGUCAGUGAUCGUUCGUGUUAGCUGUACUGAAGUGAGUUAUCAAGUGUCAAGAAUGGGUGAACAAAAGGACUUGCCGUUUCCAUAUGACACCAAGGAACUGGAUCCCGAAGAAGAAGAAUUGAUUACCGUUAAUUUAGGAAAAAUGCCGACAAGCUACGUCAAACUUGGACCUAAGGGUUACAUGGUGCUGAAACCUUACAUGAAAGAUGCAGCGAACAUUUACAACAUGCCUCUAAGACCUACUGACGUAUUCGUCGCCAGUUAUCAACGAUCAGGAACAACAUGGACUCAGGAACUAGUUUGGUUGGUCGCAAAUGAUUUGAAUUACGAAAAGGCUGCAGAAAUACCAUUAGUUCAACGUUACCCUUUCUUAGAUGGCUUCAUGUUCUUUGAACCAGAAAAGAAAGAACUAUAUGCAGACAUAGUAGCGGAAACAGCAGAUGAAAAUUUUGACAGAGAAAAGUAUAUGGCAAUGAUGGAGUUCUUGGCUCAACCAGUGAGUCCGUUACUCGCUGCGGCGCCAUUGACGCAAAAGCGGUUCAUCAAGACACACUUACCAAUGUCCUUGAUGCCUCCGACACUAUUGGAUACUGCGAAGGUCAUUUACGUAGCUCGAGACCCUAGGGACGUGGCUGUAUCUUGCUACCACCACGCAAGGCUUUUCAAGUUAAUGGGCCCUCUCAAAGGCUUUAAAAACUUCUGGGAAGUAUUCUAUCGAGGCUUGUUUACUUUAACACCUUAUUUCGAACACGUCAAAGAAGCUUGGGAGCAGAGACAUAACCCGAAUAUGCUGUUCUUGUUUUACGAAGAACUCUCAAAGGACUUGCCGGCAAUCAUAAAUCGUGUGGCAGACUUCUUAGGUAAAGAGUUGAAUCAAGAACAAAUUGACCGACUCUGCGACCACCUCAGUAUUGAAAACUUUAAAAAGAAUAAAUCCGUUAAUUUUGAGGAAAUGAGAGAUAUGGGAGUACUCGCCAAAGGAGAGACGUUUAUUAGGAAAGGUAAAUCAGGAGGCUGGCGCGAUUACUUCGACGAAGAGAUGACGCAGCAAGCUGAGCGAUGGAUCGAAGAGAACCUUAAGGAUACCGACCUACGUUUCCCCACAAAGAAAUAAUUUGUUUAUAAUAUUAUUGUUUUUUAUUACGAUGAAAUUAUAGUAUGACCACA